GACCUAUGAGUAGGGUGAUGGGAGGGGUGUAGAGACAUACAUAGUUUGUUCUUUGUGCCCUUGUGACAUAUUCAGUGCCUCUGUCAAAGAAGACACCACAAUGACUGAUCCAAACACAUCUUCUUUUGUCUUAGACUUCGGCAUUAUAUACGAGGAGCUCAACUUCACUUAUAAUUACACGGAGUUCGUCGUCAACCCUGACACGCAGCCCUGCAACCCUUUCUCCAUGCCAGAUGGAGUGAUGAUUGGUGUCGUUGUUUUUUACGCCCUCAUCUUUCUGCUGGCGAUUCCUGGAAAUAUGGUAGUGGGGCUUGUGAUUGGCCUCAGCAAGCACUCCCUCCCUCCCUCUGACCUCUACCUCCUUCACCUGGCAGUUGCCGACCUCCUGCUGGCCUUUACUCUCCCAUUCUUGGCCAUCUCUGUCAAAAUGGGUUGGGUGUUUGGAGACAUCAUGUGCAAAGCUGUCACCAUCCUCCAAGAGCUGAGCUUCUACUCCAGCAUCCUCUUCCUUACUUGCAUUAGUGUGGACCGUUACAUGGUGAUUGUGCGAGCUAUGGAGGUGCGCGGGGCUAACCGACAGCAGGUCAGCUGGGUGGUUUGUGCUGCUGUCUGGGCUGUUGGAGCACUUCUGUCUCUGCCGGGGCUGUUCUACUCUACCUUCUCUUCUCAAAACUCCACGCAGAUGGUGUGUGCCGAACAAUAUGAUGCCAGCAGUGCUGACCUGUGGCGGCUGGUCACCAGAAUUCUUCGCCACACUUUGGGUUUCUUUAUCCCCUUGGCUGUCAUGUUGCCCUGUUAUGGAGUAACCAUCAGGCGCCUCCUUCACCUCCGUGGAGGGUUCCAGCGGCAGCGAGCCAUGAGAGUGAUUGUGUUCGUGGUCUUCGCCUUCCUGCUCUGCUGGACCCCCUACCACAUUGCAGUGAUGACAGACACAUUCUUCAGGACAAAGAUAGUGCCGUACCAGUGCCCAGCGAGGAUGGCGGUGGAUCAGGCCAUGUUCGCCACCCAGAGUCUGGGCCUGCUUCACAGCUGUGUCAACCCAGUGUUGUAUGCUUUUGUGGGAGAGAAGUUCAGAAGGAGGUUGCUGCAGAUAAUGAGGAAGAUGGGCAUUGUGGAGAGAGCAUCAGUGACGAGAUCCAGCAGGUCUUCACUGUCAUCAGAGAUCACAUCCACAUUCAUGUGAAAUUACCGCAGGCACUUUGAACUAUUUGGCUAAAUUGAACAUAUCAGUGGGUUUACUGCUUGAUCUCAGGUUCUGCACAACAGAUGACUAGUUUUGAUACUUUUUUAUUGCAGCUUGUAUUAGGUUGACUUUUCAAAACUCAACCAACAAAAAAACAUUUGGACUAAAUUUGCCUUGCAUUUUGCUAAUAUUGUAAAUAUGUUUUCAUACUUUGUUAUAAUGUUUUUUUAAUAUCUUAUGUAACUUUUGGUUUCAAUCCUGUGUGCACCAGGGCCAUGUUGCUUAAAAAUAAGCUGUAAACAUGUUUUGUGGCUACCCAUUUAAAUCCCCUUUCUUUCAUCACACAUACCUAGUUCUGAGAACUGCGUAGAACAUGUUUGCCAAGUUUCAACUUCAGGUUUGACUAUAUUUCCUCACAAUAAUACCGUGUCACAACAUCAAGAAGAAACAUCCGCUGAUGAACAACUUGAGAUGCAACUGAAAGCUCUGGACAGAUUUGGACCUGGAGUUAAAACGGUUACUACAUACUGUAUGAAUGUGUGAAUUACCAAAAUGAUUUUCUUUGAAAGCAUUUUACUUACUUUUUAUCAACUGCAGCAGUAUUUUUUUUAAAUGUUUAUAGUAAUAUAUUCACAUUCUUGUAAGUAAGACUGUCUGAAUGUUAUGUAUAUUGAGCUAAAACAACAAUUUGUAGUGUUAGUUGCAAUUAUCAUUAAAGUUUUAUAUAAACAUA